AUGGAGUUCUCCAGCACAGAGUGCAUAAGGGUGGUGCUGAUUGGGAAAACUGGCAAUGGGAAGAGCGCCUCUGCAAACACUAUCCUGGGCAGAAAAGAAUUUGCGUCUAAAUCCAGCACUGAUUCUGUGACAACAGUUUGCAAGAAGGCAGUUGGCAAAGUUGAUGGAAUAACAGUUUCUGUGGUUGACACACCUGGCCUUUUUGACACAACACUGUCUAAUAAAGAUGUUCAGCAAGAGAUAGUGAAAUGUGUUUCCCUGUCAGCUCCUGGACCCCAUGUGUUUAUCAUAGUGUUGAGUGUCGGGAGAAUCACACAGGAGGAGCUGGACACUUUGGACCUCAUAGAGAAAACCUUUGGUCCACGGGCAGGAAUGUUCUGCUUAGUUCUGUUUACUAGAGGAGAUGACUUGGAAAAUGAAUCAAUUCAAGAUUACAUUGGGAACAGCAAGAAUGCCAAACUGAAAAAACUGAUCAGAGAUUGUGGAGACAGAUUCCAUGUCUUCAACAACAGAGACAAGAAUCGCACACAGGUCACUGAGCUUCUUAAGAAGAUUAACAAAAUGGUGUCCAUGAACAAGGGCAGUUUCUACACCAAUGAGAUGUUCCAGGAGGCAGAUGCAGCCAUUAAACAAAAACAGGAAGCAAUACUGAAGGAGAGAGAGAUGGAGAUAAAGGCUGACAUGGAGAAACUGAAGGUCAGCCAUGAAACAGACAUGGAAAAGAUGAAGUCAAAGUUGGAAGAGGAGAGAUUGAAAGUUCAGGAGGAAAGACAGCUGAGAGAUAAACUGUUGAGAGAGAGAGAGGAAGCUAUUAGAAAAGAACAUGAGGACAAGGAGAAAGCAGAGAAGGAAGAAAGAGAAUUGGAGGACAAAAAAAGGAAAGAAGAUAAAAAGUUGAAAAAAGAAAUAUGGAACACAGAAAAAGAGAGGAUGGAAAAAGAGAUACAAACUCAGGAAAUAAAGUUGAAAAACCUCCAAAGAGAAAAGGAAGAAGAAUAUAACAUGAGGAUGGAAAAACUGAGAAAAGAAGAGAAAGACAGAGAAGAACAGCUUCAAAAUCAAGAAAGGAAGUUUGCUAAACUAAAAAGGGAACAGGAGGAAGAAAUUAAAAGGAGAGAGAAAGAAGAGGAUGAGAGGAGAAAGAAGGAAGAGAAAGUAAGACAAGAGUGGCAAAGCAAAAUAGAGGAAGCAGAGAAAGGUCAAACAGAACUCCAAGAGGCCAUGUGUAGAGAAAAAGAGGAAUGGGAGGAACAGUUGAAGAAAGAAAGAGACAGACAACAGGAAGAAGAAAGGCUGAGACAGAAGGAGGGGGUGCGGCAGAACCUUCAGCACCCCUACUUCCUGCAGCUAUGGCUGCAGAUAACCAGCUAA